CACCGCGGCGGCGGCAGCAGAAGCAACAGCAGCGGCGGCGGCAGCUCCAGCUCCAGCCCCAGCAGCCGCCGCCGCCGCCACGGUGAAGAUGGUGGCUGCGCUGUGCGCCCGGAGGCUGGCUCGGCGCUCGCAUUCGGCGCUCAUCGCCGCGCUCACCGUGCUGCUACUGCAGACCCUCAUCGUGUGGAAUUUCAGUAGCCUGGACUCGGGGGCCGGAGACCACCGAGGUGGAGAGCAGCAUGCUGGUGGAGAGCCGCCCCCAGUGUCGCGCCGGGAGCGCCGGGACCUAUCCCUGGAGUCUCGGGCUGCAGUUGGAGGAGGAGGAGGAAGGGGCCCCCAGCCGCUGGGGGACAAGCUGCCGCGGGAGCGAGGAGGCGGUGGCGGCGGGGGCCACGGCGAGCACCGGCCGCAGCAUCCGCCCCACCGGGGGGGACCUGCUGCAGGCGCCGCGCAGCUGCCGGGCCAGGCUCUGGAGUCACCACCCAGUCCCUUUACCAGCCUGGAGACACAGGAUGGAUAUUUUUCUCACCGACCCAAGGAGAAAAUGAGGACAGACAGCAACAAUGAAAACUCAGUGCCAAAAGACUUUGAAAAUAUUGAUAACAGUAACUUUGCCCCAAGGACUCAGAGGCAGAAGCAUCAGCCAGACUUGGGAAAGAAGUCACUGAGUAAGCAAAAGGAACAUUUGAAGAAGAAACUAGAACAGGAGGAAAAAGUAAAGGAGAAUUCACUCCUGGGAAAAGGCUCUAAUGAAGCCCUGCAGUAUAGCAACCAAGCUGUGCAGAAUAGUAGUGCCACCAAGGCAAGCCCUAAAUCCUCCAAGCAACCCCAUGUUAGAAAGAAUGGGGCUGGCUCCCCUGAACUCAAGUAUGAUCAGCCGCCAAGGUGCGACAUCUCCGGGAAGGAAGCCAUCUCAGCUCUGUCCCGGUCUAAGUCCAAGCAGUGUCGCCAGGAGAUUGCCGAGAUAUACUGCCAACACAAGGUGGGGAAGCUCAUGCCAGAGAAAGUGACCCGCUUUUGUCCCCUUGAAGGCAAAGCUAACAACAAUGUGCGAUGGGAUGAGGACUCUGUGGAGUACAUGCCUGCUAACCCAGUCAGGAUCGCCUUUGUCUUGAUAGUACAUGGUCGGGCAUCUCGGCAGCUCCAGCGCAUGUUUAAGGCUAUUUACCAUAAGGACCAUUUUUAUUAUAUCCAUGUUGACAAGAGGUCCAAUUAUCUGCAUCGGCAAGUGCUUCAGUUUGCUGGCCAGUACCAAAAUGUGCGUGUGACUUCCUGGAGAAUGGCCACUAUCUGGGGUGGUGCCAGUCUUUUGUCCACCUACCUCCAGAGCAUGAGGGACUUGAUGGAGAUGACAGACUGGCCAUGGGACUUCUUCAUUAACCUCAGUGCUGCUGACUAUCCCAUCAGAACAAAUGACCAGUUGGUGGCAUUUCUCUCUCGAUACCGGGACAUGAACUUCUUGAAGUCACAUGGCCGAGACAAUGCAAGGUUUAUUCGGAAACAAGGACUGGACCGCCUCUUCUUAGAAUGUGACACUCACAUGUGGCGCUUGGGUGACCGGAAGAUACCUGAAGGCAUCACAGUAGAUGGAGGCUCUGAUUGGUUCCUGCUGAACCGAAAAUUUGUGGAAUAUGUGACUUUCUCCAAUGAUGACCUGGUGACCAAAAUGAAGCAGUUUUACUCUUACACUUUGCUUCCUGCAGAGUCCUUCUUCCACACGGUCCUGGAAAACAGCCCCCAUUGUGAUACCAUGGUGGACAAUAAUCUGCGCAUCACCAAUUGGAACCGGAAGCUGGGUUGCAAAUGCCAGUACAAGCACAUUGUGGAUUGGUGCGGCUGUUCCCCCAAUGACUUCAAGCCAGCAGAUUUCCAUCGCUUCCAGCAAACUGCCCGACCAACGUUCUUUGCCCGUAAAUUUGAAGCUGUAGUGAAUCAAGAAAUAAUUGGCCAGCUGGACUAUUACCUUUAUGGGAACUAUCCCUCGGGUACCCCAGGCCUGCGGUCCUACUGGGAGAAUGUCUAUGAUGAACCUGAUGGCAUCCACAGCAUCAGUGAUGUGACAUUGACUAUGUACCACUCAUUUACCCGCCUGGGUCUCCGAAGGGCCGAGUCAUCUUUACAUGCUGAUGGUGAGAACAGUUGCAGGUACUAUCCAAUGGGUCAUCCAGUAUCUGUUCAUCUGUACUUCCUUGCUGAUCGUUUCCAAGGCUUCCUAAUCAAACAUCAUGCAACAAAUCUGGCUGUGAGCAAACUGGAGACUCUGGAAACAUGGGUAAUGCCAAAGAAAGUCUUUAAGAUUGCCAACCCACCCAGCGAUUUUGGGAGACUUCAGUUUUCUGAGAUUGGAACUGACUGGGAUGCCAAGGAGAGGAUAUUCCGCAACUUUGGAGGACUGCUUGGGCCAAUGGAUGAACCAGUGGGGAUGCAGAAAUGGGGGAAGGGGCCCAAUGUGACAGUGACUGUCAUUUGGGUCGAUCCUGUCAAUGUCAUUGCAGCCACCUAUGACAUCUUGAUUGAGUCCAGUGCUGAGUUCACACAUUACAAACCACCUUUGAACUUGCCCCUUCGGCCUGGAGUUUGGACUGUCAAAAUUCUGCAUCACUGGGUGCCAGUUGCUGAAACCAAAUUCCUCGUUACUCCUCUGACCUUCUCUAAUAAGCAGCCAAUUAAGCCAGAUGAGUCCUUGAAGUUGCACAAUGGACCUCCUCGUAAUGCUUACAUGGAACAGAGUUUUCAGGGCCUGAACCCGGUUCUGAAUAUCCCUAUCAAUUUAGCCCAUGUGGAGCAAGCACGCAGGAAUGCAGCCAUCACCGGCCCAAAGCUGGAGAACUGGGUGGACUCGUUAGUUGGGGGAAUCUGGUCUGCAGUGGAUAUUUGUGCCAUUGGCCCUACCGCCUGUCCCGUCAUGCAAACAUGCAGCCAAACUUCCUGGAGUUCCUUGAGCCCAGACCCCAAGUCUGAGCUGGGAGCCAUCAAACCCGAUGGUCGGCUGAGGUAGCAUCUGGUUGUGCUAUAGAAUUUAAAAGAGAAUUUCACCUUGAGUAUAUGGGAUUCUGAAACCUCUUUCAUCCCCAGCCCUCUCCCAACCAGUAGUUCCCAGGCUGGAGAGAAACUUUUAUAUUCACAAUGUGUUUGAAGUCUAGGGUUUAAGAACCAAAGUGGGAGCCUGGCAUUGUUCUCCCUGCAAAUAAGCUCAGGAGAUUGAUAGAUUGCCCCACCCUCGUCCUAAGGCAGUCAUAUAUUUUCAUUUUCUUCUUUAAAGCUCUUCCCUUUGGCUAGACAUCUAGAUAAACCAUGGAUUUAGUCUUUUGUCUGAUCCCAAAGGACUAUGGGGAUUCUUUAGCUGAUAAGUUCACUCCUCUGUGAACCAAAAAGCCCCUAUGAGUAUUCAUCAGAUCCAUCAGCAAUCCCCCAGAAUGCUAAGUGGAAAGAAAAGCCCAAAAGUGAUUUCCCAGAUGUUGAGGGUUCUCUAUCACCCAUUUAAUAGAGGGCCUAGUUUUAUUAUAGCUCAGAUGGGCAGGAAAUGACAUUUGCUAUAUUUACUUUAUAAUGAUGGCUACACUUCCUUACAUACACACUUACAGCAUGUAGUUGAUGUAUUUCAGGGGUGAAAAUGCUAGUGGUCUAUGGCCACUUAUCAUCGCUGGCUGGUGCUAUAGGCAGAUGAAUGUGAGAGGUUGGAACAAUGACAGUAGUUCAAACAGUUACCUCAUAUUGUCUCCCAGAUAUUUAAAGGGACACUUACCUGGGUCCCUGAAGAAUGGAAAUUUGACAUAUGCAACUGGUAUGAGAGGGAUGAGACACUGGACAGAGCAGAGUUCCUUGAAUGAAAGGCAGAACAAUGCCAGACACCUGCAGGGGUUCUCCCAUUUCCAAGGCCAGUCCUUGCCAAGUGCAUGAUCGGUGCUGGUUAUGAGUGACCAAAUUGCAUGACCUAAACUUUUUGACCCAGAAUAUUUUGGGAAGUCCUUUUCCAAUCAAGUUUUUAAAGAUAUCUCUUUUCUUAUAUGCAAUGCCAACUGGAGUACCUUACGUAGACCGUAAGGAUAAGAUCAGGGUUUAGAUCUUCAGUUAUUUAGGGGCAUUUUGUUUUGGGUUUUAGUUUCUAAUUAUUUGAAUUGCUAGAAAGGUCAAGGUUUUCUUCAAUUCAACAAAUUGAAUGCCUAUGAUAAGUAAAGCAAGGACACACCCCAUCAAAGGGCCCUCUCAUUCAAACUGGAGAAAAAUAAGCUAUUGGGGUGAUAUCUCCAUCAUCCUCUACCAUCCCAGAGGGGUGAAAUUCUCUUUUAAAAACUGCACACUUGGUUACAAAAAUGACCUAGACACGGAGCACCCAGCCCUUGUUCUGUUUCUCUCCAUAGUGUUGGUUUGAAGCUACUGAAGUUUGCUUUGGACUUGAAAUAGUGAGGUCAGCUGUGCUGAUAUUAUGUCAGAGCAUUAAAUGUUAUAUGGAGCCAGGGAUGCAAACAAGGACACAUAGAAGGAACACUUUAGAUAUUUAUUAUUUAUAUGUUUUAGUCAAUGACUAAUUAGUAGGUGCUGUUUUUUGCAGCUUGACAAUUAUGUUAUCAUACUAACUAAAGCUGCCUUUAUUCACAAAAGGCUCCCCACCCUUUCUCAGCCCCAUCCCACUCUCAAUUUGUGACUGUUGCUGACCCAGGGGUGUUAGGAACACUUGUUAUGUUUCCACCCAUAUUGUCAGUAGGAGAUGGAGUCAUUCUCUUCCCAUAUCAAUGGCAGGCUGAUGCCCCCCAAGUUGUUCUCUUAGUCAACUCGUAGUGACAGCAGUAGGGCCGCCCAGUCCAAGUCCAAAAGGCUCUGGACAGAAACCCUCUGUACUUUGUGUAGGAGUCUAGUAGCUUCUCCGCAAAGCCAAGGAGGUGCCUAGAGACUGCAGCUCACAUAUAUUCUGGACUUUUCUUUCCCUUUCAACCCUUGAGUUAUGGAUCAUUCCUGUCUCCUGUCCUAUUUGCUGAUGAAUAUCCUUCAGCAAAUCUCACUUCUAGAGCCCAGAUUUGAAGUGAGAUAACUGAGGGGAAUGGUUUAAGAAGGUUAGUUCAUCCUAUGUGUGAAGCCACCUGGAUAAAAUUUAACGGAAAUACUCCUGCUCCUUGGUCACUGAAAACAAAGAGGCUUUCAGAAAUCUUAGGCUCAGUUCCACAGAAGUCCCAUGUUGCUUGUAUAGCAAUAUGUAAACAAUUGUGCAGGAGGUUAAAAACUUAGAAACCAAGAUACUUCUCUACACACAGUUCUCUGUGGAAGUAUGUUAGCAAGGGCUUCACUGAACAUUCUGGUUUUUAAAGCAGCAAAAAUAACAAAACCUUUUUGUAACCUCUCUCUCUCCUAAUCAGCCAGCUCAGUAUCUGUAUUUGUAGCAGUAUUAUUGGGGUGACUUCAAGCGCGAGCCCAAUUGUAUCAGUGUGGUUGAUGUCAGCCUACAGUCACCCAGACGUUGUACCUACUACACUCAAUGACAUUUCUGACUUAAAAUCCUGGAAUGAGUGGAGAAACCCCAGAAUUAUUUCUGGGAGAGUCCAAGCUGUGAAUUUCUUCUUCUAUGCUUAACUCCCCAUCCAUCCUGCUAUAGGAAAGUAGGUUGGGAUGUGGAACACCCAUUGGGGUUUUCACAUUUUGGGACCAGAGAAUAUACCUUUGUAGAUGUUACAUUUGGUGAAAAGGAGAAUUCUAAAUGAGAGCCCAAUUGCACCAAGACUUCAUGAUAGCAUUUUUCCAAAUGAAAACGUUCAGCCUGUUUCUCAGCCCUACCCAGAGACUGAUUUGAUUAUUAUUUGGAGAACACAUUGGAAAAGCCAACUGUGAUCAUGUGCUCUUGCUUUCUGUGGAAAAGUCACAUUUCUUUGGGCACAAGGUUUUGUUUGCUUUGGGGUUGUUUGCCCUGGAAUCUGCUUUGAACUUUCAGUGCAGAACAGGGUGUCUGGGGAAUGAGAGCAAAUCCUCUGUGGGGAUUGUUGUUUGUAACUGGCUGAAGUAAUGAUUUAUCAGGUCAAAGGAUAGAGUGUAGAAGUAGGGGUUAGAAGCAAAGAAUCUAAGCUUGCCUCCAUACCCACAUAUUGGUAGAUGGCCCUUUGCAUAAAUUCUUAGUCCUGUUUAGGCACAGAAGGAAAUCCCCAAGCAAGUUGUGCCUUCCACCCCUUGCUACCUAUUUUUGGACCUUUAAUCCAGAACUCAUCCCAGAGCUCUGCAAGUAUGUGGAUAGAGCAGCCCCAGUCACUUCAAGGAGAAGGGAAAUAAGUUCAAGGACUCCAUAUGGUUUUUCAAAUUGUAAUGGAUCCUCUUCCAGGAAAGCAUAGCCCUAAUUAGCCAGAGACAGUUUUUAUUUUUUUAUUUCAGACAGUUGAUUCAGGCUUGAGUGUGAACUAUGGAAUGUUAGGGCCAACAUGCAAGAUGCAGGACACAAGGAAAGGAAGUGUAUAAAAGCAGCUCCUAAGAGGAAGAGGCUCCACCCAAGUCCUACAUUUGCACAUACUUGUGAAUUGUAAGCUAGUGCCCUUGGAUACUGGUUUUAUGAUGCAAACGAGGCUUGAGGUUGUAUGGAGGUCUUUGUGAAUCAGCCUGGGAGUGCCUGGCCAAGAGCACCUACCAGUGGAACAGAAAAAUAGUAUUUAGGGAUGCCCACCCUCCCUCCCAGAGUCUGUUCCCACGAAGGUCAAAACAAGUUGAAAUCGAAUUAGAUCUUGAUUAGAUCUGCUUUAAGAACAUUAAAAAAACAUUUCAUUCCCUUUGAAGAUAUAACCAUAUAUCACUUUUAGGUUUUUGUUUUUAGUCUAAACUUGAGAUUUUAUUUGAUAUAGGAAAGUGAAAGUAGGUAAACUCUCUUUAUCAAACAGAUCAGCAACUCUUCUGUAACUUAUAGUCUUAAGGUAUUAAAAUAUACCAAAAGGUAUUACUUACCCAGGAUCAUUUUUCCAGUAUAUGUCAAAGCAGAGCCUGAAUGUAGGUCCUCAUGACUCCAAGGCCAGUUUUCUGUCCAUUAUGGGAUGCUGCCAUCCCCAAAUUCUAAGUGUAUUUUUCCCUAGCUUUUUGAUGCUGGAAAGGGAUGGCUAUGAUCCUGUAAUAGCCACUUAAAGGUAAUCACCAUUUAUUCCUGGUUAUCAUCUAUAGCUAUGGUGAGAUGAAGGGCAGAAUCCCAUUGGAGCUGUCCACUAAAGAGUCAUCAGUAUUGUCCAGUGUUGAUCGUUCAUAUUCUAUGGGAUACCGGUAAAUCAGUCAUGUAUCUACAUUCACAGAAAUUUGCUGCUAAACAGAAAAACUCCCAUCUUAACAACAUUAAAAAAAACAAAAUUUAACUCCUCCCUCCCCAGUUCAUAGGCGAUUCUAAAUGACAAUAUGUAAAGAGAAAGUAAUAGUGAGAAGUAGCAUAAAUAUUUUUAACAACAAAGAAAGGAAAUAUUAGGAAAGAAGCAAAUAAUCCUUUUAUCCUUCCUAAGACUUAGGAAACUUGUUGCACACAUGUGCACACAUAUACACAUACAUAUAUGUGCGUAUGUAUUUCCAUUGUAUACAUAUAUAUAUGAAUGUGUAUAUAUACUACUCAUCUUAAAUCUGCCAUUGUGUUUACUCCAAUAGAAAGUUUCUACUAAAUAGUGAAAGGAGGAGGGGUAAAGAUAAUUAGCAUUAGAUCUAUUCCAACUGCCAGUGCUAUUACUUGCUACAUUUCAUGGCUCUGGUAGGAAAAGAUUCAAGAUAUACUCCUCUCCCCAAAUUAUUUCCCUGAAUGAUUUGCUCCAACCAUAAAUUUGGAGAUAAAGAGUUUGCCCACGAUGAGUGCUGACUAAGAUGUAAUAGCAUGGUAGACAAAAAAGGGCCUUCCUUGGAGCCACGAAGACUCAGUGGAUUCAAAUUCUGUCCCUGAUAAUACCUAUCUUUGACACUAAGAGCUCAAUAUUUCUAUCCAUGUAAGACUGUGAGUUGAUGGUCUGUAGUAGUAAAGAGAGUUUCCAUGGCAUGGUUUUUAAUAUGGAUGCAAUCACAUAGAUUUUAAUAUGGAUGAAAUCACAUAGAUUUCUUUAGGCCAUUGUCCUCCUAUCUCCACCCUCCUAUACACACAUAUAUCAACCACACACUAAAGUCCCUGGUUAUCUUUUUUGGAAAAUGGAGCCAAUCCCUAUUAUGAAGGACAGCUGUGAUUCUCCAUUUCCAAUCCUCAUCUCUCAUCCAUUUUUAUUAUCCUGUUAUGAGACAGAAAGUUCACAGGAUUUGAACAUCAUCAGCCAUCAGAUCAUUUGCUGCUAUGUAGCCUACCUAGAAGCCUUCAGCCCACUUGGCUGAGGAUUUCAUGUCUUAAACAACUUUAAAAUGAAAGGAAAACAUCAAAAAUUUCCAGGACAAGAGAGAUAUGGUGUUAGACAAACUUGUAAAAUUCCCCCAACCCCGACAGCAGAGACCCUUAUAAUAGGUUUUUAUCUAGCGUACACAUUCCAAUCUGUGGUGUUCACCCAGUGGCAAUGUUAAUUCAGGUCCUUUUUUCACUUCUCCUUGGCUUGCUACUGUCCAAUAACAACCAUGACAGUAGAAACUGGGGCUGUCCUCUUGUUCACAUACAGCUGGCUAGUCUAGCUCAAUCAUCUGUUUUUUUGGUUUUUUGGUUUUUUUGCUUCUGCCUCAGUUACCUGAUUUUGCCCAUGAGUUCUACCACAGGUGCUACCUCACAGUGUCUGCUAAGAAGUUUACCUGGGGGAGGGGGGAGAAAAAAAGUAUCUGAAAUCUCCUUGAGCUGAAUGUACAAUCUAUGCAAAUUCUCUCUGUUUCUCGCUGUCAAACACUUAGAAGUAUUACAUAUAACCUUGCCAAACUAACAGCAAGAUCCUGUACAGGUUUCUCUGAUGACAGAGUACCAAUUUUCAGCGCGGUUAAAUGCGCCCCCGUUUGUAUAUUGUUAACGAGUUGUCUUUGGUUCUGUUGUCACUAAGCCCCUUGAGGGAGACUGGGCCUCUGUCUGCCACGAAUCCCUUCCUCUUGGCUGGGAAUAUUUGGAUUGCUAAUGUCUCCCCCAUUCCAAGGAGGUCUGAAGACCCUCCUCCCCUUCCAAAAGGAAGGCCCAUGGCCUCACUGACUCUAGUCCCCUCUCCACUCCUUCAGAGCAUGUCAUCUUUCAUCUCACAACACAACAAAGCCUUAGGUUCCUCCUUUUUGAAAUGUGGCCUUAAAAUCAUGUUGGAAACGUGGAUGUUGUCUCACUCCGGAUCUCCGCCAACAUCACAGAAAGCACCUUGAGAUUGCUGCUAUCCCUCCUACUGGGGGACCCGUCAAUUUACAGUUUCACAGAUACAAUGGAAAUUGCUUACAAAUUCAGUCUUUAAGAAAAAUGACCUUAUAUUGUUCCUGCGGGCAAAAUAAAGGUUUGGAUGCUCUUAUAAACCAUAGCCAACUCUGGAAGUACUCUCUUACAGCAUGUUGUAGCUGUAAUGGGUUGACUUAAUUACCUACAAAGUGCUAACAUUGAGCUUUUCCUUUUUACCCUUUAAAGACACGGUAACUUUAUGAUCUUCACUCAAGGGUAAAUCAGCAGCACCUCUGUUGUUUAUCCUUUUGCCCUUGUUGAGUAUCAUUGGCUUAAGAAAGAUUGCACUAAAUAUUCCCAGCUGAUCUUAGAGGUGCCACCCUCUCAAUCCCUCUAGCCUCCAACUGCUUUUGUUUUGAUUCCUCACCAUUUGAUCCAGCCCAAAGACAACAGAAAAUAAGGUUUUCAUAGUAAAUUCAUUGGCUUUGAAUGGAUUAGUCUUUCUAGUUCUUCCUGUCUUUUUUUGUUGUUGUUGUUAUUGUUGGUUCGUUGGGGUGUUUGUUAAUGGCCUCAUCGUAAGUUAUUACUGUUCCCUCAUUUUUCAGAGACAGGUGGUGAUAUAGUUUUAAAAAAUAACUAUUUUGUUAUAGAUCAUAAUAUGCAUAAAACUGUACAGAAAUAUUUUGUAAUCUAUUGAUUUUAAAAAAAGAGAGAACAUGUAAAUACAGUAAAGUUAAAUAAAAAAAAAAGAAUUCCAAUGGCACACACUGAAAGAUGUAGAUAUUUUGUUAUUUAUUUAAAGGAUUAUUUUAUGAGCUAUUGAAUUAUCUGAAAUUGACCAGUAAUCCAAGUUUCAAAAAGUCCAAAUGCUUUUUUCAUGUUGUAGAAUGUGAUCUCCAGCAAUCAUUGCACUACCCAUUUUUGCACCCUUCUGUCUUUAAUUUAGCAGAACAACAACAAAAAAAAAAAAAAAUUGUGCCUUAGCUGUAUUUUCUGUCUAGGGGAGUUUGUUUUUUGUCUGACAACGCGAGAUUUUUUGCAGAAAACAGUGGAUGUAUUAAAUACUGUAUCAUACCAAAAACACCAUGGGUGUAUAUAAAUGCUUUCUGUCAUACUGUGUUUUCAGAUGCAGAAUUUUAAAAUUAAAAAAAAAAAAGAAAGCUAUCUUCACGAAA